GAUCCCGCGUUCUAUACCCCACUGGUUUUUUGUUUACCGGUUGGGAUUCAAAGAUUCAAAAUUAUUUUUAUAUUUUGGUGUAUUUAAGGAUAAUAGCAGAACAAACAAUAUAAUCUAAUUGUGUUGGGUAGUGUGUUUCAGUAAUAAAAAUGCAGAAAACAAAAAAGAAAAAGGGUAAUGAGGAACCUAUGGAUGUUGACGAAAAUCCAACAUCAACACAGAAUGGUGAUACACAAAACUCUGAGGAGAACAACGUAAAUGAUGAUAUAGACCACAUAUCGGAUGACGAAGAAGGUGGUAUGCGUAUCGGUGAUAUUUACAUACCGCCAGCCCCCAAACCUGCGUUAACUUUCGAUGCCACUGGACCGAGAUUGUUGAUCACACAUAUUGUCAAUGAGAACUUUAAAAGCUAUGCCGGUGUACAGACUUUGGGUCCAUUUCAUAAGAGCUUUACCUCCAUUAUCGGACCAAAUGGCAGUGGGAAAAGCAAUGUGAUUGACUCUAUGUUGUUUGUGUUUGGAUAUCGUGCUACCAAGAUACGUUCCAAGAAAAUCUCAGUGCUGAUCCACUCUUCCAGCAAGUUUCCAAACAUCACUAGUGCUUGUGUAGCAGUCCAUUUUUGUCAAAUUAUCGAUGGGGAAGGCGAAGAAUUUACAGUAGUACCAAAUAGUGAGAUUGUGGUGUCCCGUACUGCGUUUAAGGAUAAUUCUUCGUAUUACAACCUCAACGGUCGAAGGGUGCAGUUCAAGGAAGUCGCCAAGAUGCUGCGAUCACAUGGCAUCGAUUUAGAUCAUAAUAGAUUUCUCAUUUUACAGGGUGAAGUGGAACAGAUAGCCAUGAUGAAGCCGAAAGCUCAGACGGAACACGAAUCUGGUAUGCUGGAGUAUUUGGAAGAUAUCAUAGGUACAUCCAGAUACAAGGAACCCAUAGAAAAGUUGUCAGUCAAAGUAGAAGAGUAUACAGAGAUGCGCAAAGAGAAAUUAAACAGGGUCCGUUUAGUGGAACAGGAGAAGCAAAAAUUGGAGCAGCCUAUGAGGGAGGCCGUCGAACAAAUGAACUUGACUAAUACAGCGCUCCGUACGAGGAAUAUGUUGCUGCAGAAGUAUAUACACGAAACUAACAAAAUAAUAGAGGCCAAAGAAAAAGAAAUGGAGGAAUCAAAGGAGAAGUUGUCCCAAAUUGAUGAGAAAUUAAAUAAACUUAAAGAGGAACUGCAAGAAAAAACUGCUAUUCUUAAAAAUGGUACCCAAAAAUACGACAAACUUCGAAAAGAAAAAGAAGAAGUAGCAGAAAAAUUACAAGGUUGCAAGAAGAAGAUGGUAUCUGUAGUGGCGGACACGACACAAUCCAACAAGAAGAAGAAGAAUCUAGAACAAUUGCUUGAACAGGAGAAAGGGAAACUUAUUGAUUUAGAAUUGAUUCCAGAUAAAAAUAACAGGGAGAUUCAUGAGUGUGAAAAGUUACUAGUAAAGCAUAAGGAGAGUAAAAAACAGGCAGAGGAAGAGUUACAGACAGUUAUGGCUGGGGUCAGAUCGAAAACUCAAGGUCUCCAAGGAACUAAGGAUAAAUUGCAAGCGAAACUUAUGGAUCUCAAGAAGAUAGUGGAUGAGGCAAAUAAAGAGUACAAAUUAACGGAUUCCGAGCUCAAGAUAUAUCUCAGCACAGAACAGAAGGAAGCUGAGAAAUUAGAAAAAAUGAAAGAAGCGUAUGAAAAAGCGACAAAAGAUUUACAAGAGAAAAAAGCUUUACAGCAAGAGCUAUCAACGACAGUGCCUUCGAAUGAAAAACAACUACAAGAAAUCCAAUCCCAGUUACAAUCGCUGAAGACUGAAGAGACUACUGUUGCAAAAGAAGUGAGGACUUUGAGGGCGCAACUGGAAGAGUCCAAACAAGCAAUGAGCGCGAAUAAGUCCCGCGGAAGAGUGUUGGAUUCUCUCAUGAAAGAAAAAAAGAGUGGACGUUUGUCUGGGAUAUUUGGUAGAUUGGGCGACCUAGGCGGUAUCGAUGCGAAAUACGACGUAGCAAUAUCGACAUGCUGCGGUGCACUCGACAACAUAGUGGUAGAGAAUGUUGAGGCAGCCCAAGCCUGUCUCGAACAUCUAAAGCGGAACAACGUCGGCCGCGCCACGUUCAUAGCGUUAGACAAGCAGCAACAUUUACGGCAGCACUACGAAAGGACUGUUACAUACCCAGAAAACGUACCGCGUCUGUUCGACCUCGUGAAAGUCAAAGACGAACGCGUGCUACCGGCGUUCUACUUCGCAUUGCGGGAUACGCUAGCCGCUAAUGACUUGGAGCAAGCGUCACGGAUCGCAUACGGCCGCACGAGAUAUAGGGUGGUCACUUUGAAAGGUGACGUCAUCGAAAUUGCCGGUACUAUGUCCGGUGGCGGGAAGACGACGAUGCGCGGUCGCAUGUCCAGCUCCGUGCAGCAAGAUACCAGUGAACAGGACCCCAGAGUCUUGCAGGUCAAUGAGAAGAAACUUGCAGCACUCGAUCAGAGGUUGUCAGAAUUGCGCAGUGAACAAGUGAAUCUGGAAGAUUCAAUGGUGUCCGUACAAAAAAAUGCGCGCGAGGGAAAAACCACACUCAACAAACUAGGCAUAGAAUUGAAGAGUUUGACUGAACAAGUGCCUCUUUUGAAGAAUCAAAUAAAACAACAAGAAAACAAAGCGGCGUCGAGUAAAGUGGACGUGAAACAGAAAGCGAAGUUAGAAGCGGCGCUGAAGACCGCAGAGGAGAAACUUGAAAAGGCCAAAUACGACGCAGGAGAGGUAGAAAAAGAAGUUCACGGCGUAGAUGCUCAAAUCACAGCUGUGGCCGGCGGCAAAGUGAAAGAUUUGCAGAAAACAGUUGAUGAGCUCACUAAAAAGAUAGACAAGGUGUCGACUGAGAUUACCAAGUUGAAGGUCGCUAUAAACACUAGCAUAAGAAAUGCAAAGAAAUCCAAAGACAAAAUAAAUCAAAUGGAAGGUGAUCAAAAAGAAACUGAGAAAACGUUAGAGAGUUUAGGUAAUCAGAAGAAGGAGCUCACUCUAGAAAGUUCUAGACUGCAGAAGGAAUUGGAAGAGUUAGAAGAACAAAUAAACGAAGGUACCGGCGAGUUUGCGGAAUUAAAACAAGAGAUAUCGAAGCUUCAAGGCAAAGAGAACAAGAUAAAGGGUGAACGGCUGGAAGCCAACAAUGCUGUCACCAAAGUGGAGAAAUCUAUACAGGAUUGUAGAAGUAAAACGCCAAUGUGGGAGAAAGAGUUAACAACAUUAAAACUAGAAGAUCCCGGUUUGGACGGCAUUCCCGGUAUAGAGCGGCCGGCGCCCCUUGAUCAGCACACGCCUGAGGAGCUGGAAGGAGUCGCGGUAGAAGAGUUGAGGAACAGGCUCGCCGCACAGAAAGCUAGACUCGGGGACGCCAAACCUAACAUUCAGGCUAUACAGGAUUACAGGACAAAAGAGGAGUUGUAUUUGAAGCGCGCGGCGGAAUUGGACGAGAUAACCACAAAACGUAACGAGAUGCGAGCGCUCUACGAUCAGCUAAGGAAAAAACGCACUACGGAUUUCUUAUCUGGUUUUAAUACAAUAACAACAAAAUUGAAAGAAAUGUAUCAAAUGAUCACUUUGGGAGGAGACGCCGAGCUUGAACUGGUAGACUCGUUGGAUCCAUUUACUGAAGGAAUCAUAUUCAGUGUUCGACCACCAAACAAAUCGUGGAAGAACAUAUCGAAUUUAUCUGGUGGUGAGAAGACGCUGUCGUCCUUGGCGCUAGUGUUCGCUUUACAUUACUACAAGCCUACGCCGCUCUACGUGAUGGACGAAAUAGACGCCGCGCUGGACUUUAAAAAUGUUUCUAUCGUCGCCAAUUAUAUUAAGGAGCGCACAAGAAACGCGCAGUUCAUUAUAAUAUCACUACGGUACAACAUGUUCGAGGUGUCCAACCGAUUGGUAGGCAUUUACAAGACGGAGGACUGUACCAAGUCGGUCACCAUCGAGAACAAAGUACCCGAACAAAUCGGCCGCGAUGUCGCGUGAUAGGUAUAAUUAUAAGUGCGCAAGCGCAUCCUUAUUGUUAAGUUUCGUAAAUAAACAUUAUAUUUGAAUUAUAAAAGAAUCGGAUUGGUUUAAAUGUAUUUUUUUGUAAUGAAAUAACAAAUAAAUCAUUCUGGUUAUUGUUA